AUGAAUUUUAUUACCGUCGUCGCUCUCGCUAUCGUUAUUGUCUUGGUACAAGGUGAGCACUUUAUACAUAUUGAGCAUAGCAACAAAAAACAUUUUUUUUUGUAUUAACUCUAGUAUUCCUUCAUUUAACCUUUACUCAUACUCUUCUCUUUUCAGCCAGCCCUGCCCGAAUCCGCCGCAAUGAACAAAUCUCCGAGUUCUAUUGCCUCAAGCAUCUCGAGCACUACAACCGAUUCUGUGGAGAUGAUGCCGGACCAAUCGAGCGUUCUCUCUUCGGAAAGGUCGCCAAGUUCUGCCCAGCUUACGAAAAGCACUGCGCUGUCGGAAAGGCCGGACUCGUCGAGCUUCCAGACCUCGGAGCUCCUCUCGUGAUGCCACCAGUUCUCCCAAGAGGAUCCGAUUUCGCCAGCCUCGAUUUGCCAAUCGCCGAUGAUCGCAAGCCAGCUCACGUCAGCACGAGAACUCAACCACAGACUACUCGGCUCACCACCGCCAUCGUCGCCACCUGCACUCCGGAAUGCACCGCCACCCACUGCACCGACGAAUGCAAGUGCGCUCACACCCAUCCAAAGGUCCACCAGAUGUGCAACCCACCAUCCUCUGCCGCCAUGGCUGAGACCUGCCAGCGCUGGUACUCCAAGUGCACCAUGUUUACCCCGGUGCAGUACUAA